AUGGUCAAAAUCAACGCUAGUGCAAUUACAUAUACUAAAGGAGGAGAAAUUUCCAAGAUAUUGCUGGGUACAGGCUUUUCAAUCGAUACGGAAACCUUAGGACCUAAGCAAGUUGUGAUUCAGGCAUUGGCUACACCAAUUAACCCAUCAGAUUUAAACCAGCUCGCUGGAACGUACGCGUCCAAACCUAAUUUCACAUCGGAGUUAGACACGCCAGUUCCUGUUGCGAUUGGUGGUAACGAGGGGUUAUAUAAGGUAAUUGAAGUUGGUUCGGAUGUAACUAGCUACAAGAAUGGGGAUUGGGUUAUUCCAAAAAUGCCUAGUUUUGGUACAUGGAGAACACACGCACUUGUCACUUUAGACAAACCAGAAAAUCCUGAUCCAUUUAUUAAGGUAUCGUCUGAGGAUGAUAAAUCAAUUGAUUUGACACAAGCAGCAACCGUUUCCAUUAACCCAAGCACUGCGUAUCAAUUGAUUGACCAAUUCAUAAAAGAUUGGGACCCAAAGGGUAACGACUGGAUUAUUCAGAAUGGAGGAAAUUCCCAAGUUGGUAAGUUUGUGGUGCAAAUUGCGAAGAUCAGAAACAUUAAAACCAUCUCAGUCAUUAGGGAUGGUAAGCCUGAUCAGGAUCAAAUUGUAAAAGAAUUACUUGACUUGGGUGCUACAAAGGUCAUCACUGAUAAGGAAGCAGAGUCUGAAGAGUAUAUCAACAAAAUUGUUCCUGGUUGGGUAAAUGAGGGUAAGGUCAUUUUAGCCUUAAACUGUGUUUGCGGUAAGAGUGGAUCUGCAUUAGUUUCACAUUUAACUGGUAACCACUUGGCAGAUUACAGGUCUCCUCAUCUUGUAACCUACGGAGGCAUGCUGGGUCAGCCAUUGAUGUAUUCUAGUAGUGAGUCGCUAUUCAAAAAUGUAACUUCUAAAGCUUAUUGGUUAACAGCUAAUACCAAGCGUAAUCCACAAUCGAAGGUUGACACGGUGAAGAAAGUUCUUGCUUUGUAUAAAUCGGGUGAUAUAAAGCCUGUACCCUUCAAUGGUAAGGAAUUUAAUAUUAAAUCUACAAGUGAUGAUUACAUCAAGUUAUUCUUAAAAGGUAUUGCUGAAUCUAAAACUGGAAAGCAGGUUAUUGUAUACAAUUAG